CUUCAAUGUGCCACUAACAAUUCUUGGAUUACAUCUUCUCGAGAUAACGAACCCGAACUAUCCCAAUGAGGCGUCACCACCGGCCCGAGUGCCCACCUCCGAGAAUAGACCGGAUACCUUCAAUGGGGAAAAUGGAUAUCAAAUUGAGUCGGUCCACUCCGGGAAGAAAAGUAUAUAAGAGACGAUGGGCCUAGAUCAGUGUGAACCCCAGAUCCUCAGAUCCUACUCCAGAAAACCGCAAUCAGAGCAAUUGCGUCAAACGUCUACGUAUCUUCAUCCACACCAUGACGAAAACACCACGCCAAUAUACUCUGGCUGAGGGGCAACCUAUCUCGGACCCCGCGGUCUCCACGACUCUCCCAACUUUCGGUGGUGGCAGCCUGACCACUCUCGGUGACACUCUUCUUCUCGAGACUUUGGCUCAUUUCAACCGCGAACGGAUUCCGGAAAGAGUUGUUCAUGCCAAGGCAGCCGGUGCCUGGGGAGAAUUCGAAGUUACCCAUGAUAUCUCCCAUCUUACUACUGCCAAGUUCCUCAACGGGGUUGGCAAGAAGUCGCCAGUACUUUGCCGGAUCAGUACCACCGGUGGUGAAAAGGGUAGUGCCGAUACCGUUCGUGAUGUUCGUGGAUUUGGUGUGAAGUUCUUCACUGAGGAGGGCAACCACGAUAUUGUUGGCAACCACACGCCUGUUUUCUGGAUCCGUGAUCCUCUUAAGUUCCCGGCGGUGAACCGUUCUCAUAAGAAGAACCCUCAAACAAACGCACAUGACCCCACAAUGUUCUGGGAUUUCCAUGUCAACAGUCCUGAGAGUGUGCACGGUCUCCUUCACCUAUUCGGCUCCCGCGGCAUUCCUUCCUCUGUUCGCCGUAUCACUGGCUUUGGUCUUCACACAUUCAAGCUUAUCGCUCCCAAUGGAUCCUUCAACUAUUGCAAGUUCCACUUCCGUCCCAUGGAGGGCACGGACAACUUUUCGGAAGACGAAGCUACCCGACUUGCUGGUGCCAAUCCCGACUAUCAUACCACGGAAUUGUUUGACUCCAUCGCGCGCAAGAACUAUCCAGUUUGGGGUCUCUACAUUCAGGUUAUGAAGCCUGAGCAGGCCGAGAAGUGCGGCCUUAUGACCUUUGAUAUCACCAAGGUCUGGCCACACAAAGAUUUUCCCCUCAUCCCGGUGGGCAAGAUGACUUUGAAUAAGAAUCCUGCCAACUACUUCGCCGAAAUUGAACAGGCGGCAUUCUCUCCUUCCAACAUGGUCCCCGGUAUUACCUACACACCGGAUCCCAUGCUCCAAGCCCGUAUGUUCGCCUACCCAGACGCUCAGCGUUACCGCCUCGGGGCAAACUACACACAUCUGCCACCCAACCGCCCUAUAGCACCUGUAUAUGCGCCCUUUGAGCGUGACGGUGUGCUUCAAACUACCAACUACGGUGCCGACCCGAACUAUAACCCCAACAUGUUCACACCUGCCAUCCAGAGCCAGCAGUCCACGCAAGAUGUGCGUCAUGGGGAGUUUCUGAAGGGAGGGUCUGUUUUGGGGUUGAAUAACAUCUCUGUGACCGAAGAAGACUUCGUGCAGCCAAGGGCACUUUGGAGGAAUGUCUUUGAUGACGCUGAGCGCAGAAAAUGCGUAUCAAACAUCUCGGAGACUCUAGUGACUCUGCCCGCGGACUUAAAGGCGCGAGUCAUCGACAUGUUUAACAAGGUGGAUCCAGAAAUUGGCAGAAUGCUCUCGGCCAAGCUAAAUGAAGCGGCUAGACUGUGAGAGGAGGUUUAUCCUUUAUCGUCGAGGCCCACGGAACAGUGUAUGAUCAAGAACCAGAUUUCGUUCCAUGCUGACGAGGGUGCUUCUUAUUAUGAUUUUGACGCUUCUUAUCGC